ACAUCCAAUAGCUCUGCAGAAUCGUGUCUUACACUGGGUUCUACUGCUUCUCUGCUCUCAUGGCCUACGCGUAUACAAGCAAUACAACUAGAGCUGGGUUUUCAAGGGCUUAUCAAAUAUUAUGCAUCAUACCCUGCUGGAACUGAACUUUUAACGGACACUACUAAGUUAUACAAAGCUGCGCUGGGAAAUUGCUUCGAAUCGGAAGAGUGGAGUCCAAUUGAGUACUGUAUUAUGGCUAAGCAUUUUGAACGUCAAGGAAAAUCGCCUUAUGCUUAUCAUGCUCAAUAUAUGGCACACCUUCUGUCUCAUGGAGAACUUGAUGGAAGUGGCUAGGAUAUAAUGUGAAGCAGCCGCCCAUGGAAGCUUUCGAUUUUAUCAGACGGUGAAAGACCAUCGAGAUUCUCAUUCUGUGAGAUGCAAACAACGCUAUCAGCAAUUUAGAUCAUCUUCACUGAUCUUAUGUCUAUUGCUUGCUGAUAUUCUAAGCCCUCAUUUACUCUUUCUGAUAUUCUAAGCCCUCAUUUUCUACUGAUCUUAUGUCUAUUGCUUGCUGCACUGUACAAUAUUAGGCACACCAAACGGUUACCUACCCGACACCAAUGACUACAAUAUGUGACACCAAUUGA